AUGCUUGCCGUUGCAAAGGCCCGAUUCUCUGCCGUCGUCGCCUCCCCGCUGCUCCGGGUAGCGCCGCGGUUAAGCGGCGCGGCGAGGAAAAGUAAUAAGGCAAAACCCGCGGGGUUGGCAGAGGUCGGGGCGGCGGCAGCGGCGGCGGCUUCGCCACAGUCGCACUCGGCCGUCUUUGUCACAAUGAAGGAGACGCUGGACAACACGUUGGGGGUCUCUGCGGCGUGUGCGGCCGUGGCGCCGGAGGCAGAGAGCGGCGCACGUGACGGCGAGGCGGUGACCGCCGCGGCGGCCGACGUUGCCGCGGGGGGUAAGGUGCCUCCCUACUACAAGCCGAUGAACCUCCACCACACGCUGUAUGAGGGGGAGGUGGCGCGGCGGCUGUGCGACGCGGCCGCGGCCCGGCAGUUUCGCUCCCCUGUCUGGGCCACCGCGGCGGCCCUCGCGCGCUGCGGCAGCGCCGUGCGGGAGGGUGAGGCGGGGGUGGAGGUCGCCACGACGGUGCAACGCGUCUCGCUGUACAACCUCGAGCAGACCGGCGCCCCGGACGGGGUCGUCUCCGCUGCCCUCAGGCACGGCGAGGAAGGGUGGCCGGAGUGGCCUGACACGCCGCUCAGCGCCGCAGGACGCCCGCACUCGCGGCACGUGCAACGCACGCUGAAGGCGCACCCCUCCUACGCGCACUACACGCUGCCUCACUGGGUCACCGAGGAGGAGGCAGUUAUUCUCGGCACGGCUGUGCCGCCCUCCCAGAAGGGGUGUGGGAUUCUCAUCACACGACGGCCGCAGGCAACCCCACCGCCGGCCGCGGAGGCGGAGAAGUCUCUGCAAGCGGCGCAGCAGUCUCCGGCGAGUCCCGAGAUGGACUUCUACAUGCUUUACAAUGCCGCGCAGCUGGAGGAUCCAGCCAAGGUGACACGGGAGACAUGUCCCCCCGCCUUCUUUUGUAGCGCGAGUGGUCGGCGGUACGGGAUCCCUCUCAGCCUGCACAUGCGACGGUACUGCCAAACGUACAACCUAGGCAUGCUACCAAUGGUCGUCUUCCUAACGGCCUCGCGGCUCCACCGUCUUGGGGGCGAGCUGCGCCCGAUGGAGGACGAAGUCCCGCCCUUCACAAGUGUCAUCAAUGACGAGGUCGUCUCCCUUCAUCACGCGGAAACCACCACCAUACACAAGGAGCUGCUGCGACGGGCCGAAACGCUUCGGCGAGAAGAAUUAGAUCGGAUCACGGCAGUGACGGUAUAG